UCUGUGCUUAAAUUUGUUAUUAGUGAGGUAUUAGAAGAGGUUAAAGAUGAAAUAAAGAGGGAAUUAUCAAAUAACCUCACCCAAAAGAUAGUGAAGAAGAAAGAGGUGAAGAAUUGGAUAAAUAGAGAAGAUCAGUAAGGUGCACGUUCCACAAGCAUUCUCUCUUUACUCUUCAAGUAUUCUUUAACAAUUUAAAAAAGAAACACGACGAAUAAUUUGAACAUGAACGCACUCCCUUCAUUUGUACUUGUGCAGUGUUAUCUAAAAUGUGCCUGUCCAUGUUGCCCACCAACUUACCAGAUAAAUAGACAAAAUUCUAAUUAUCAUGUUUAGUUGUUAGCUAAAUUUUAACUUAUAACUUGCUACUGAAUUGUGUGGUAACAUGCAAUUAUAACUUAAAAUUUAGUUAACUACUUAAUAACUUAAUAUGUGUAAACCAGACGUUAGUUAUAGAAAUAUAAAUAUGAAAAUAAAUAGCAAUAUAAAGAUAGUGGGUGAAAAAGUAAUUUUGGUACCAUACACUCAGAUCCAUGUUCCCAGAUAUCAUGAAUGGAUGAAAUCUGAAGAAUUACAGCAAUUGACAGCAUCAGAACCUUUAAGCUUAGCAGAAGAAUAUGAAAUGCAAAAAUCAUGGAGAGAAGAUGAUGAUAAAUGUACUUUUAUAACACUGGACAAAGAGUUAUUUGAAAAAACUAAUGAUGAAAUAAAGUCAAUGAUUGGUGAUACAAAUAUAUUUUUAACUGAUAAAGACCAAGCACAAGGAGAAAUUGAAAUAAUGAUUGCAGAAAAAUCUGCCAGAGGCAAAAAGAUGGGCUGGGAAACUGUUAUUUUAAUGUUAUUAUAUGGCAUAGAGUAUAUUAAUUUAAAAAAAUAUGAAGCAAAAAUAUCUCUUUCUAACGAGAAAAGUAUAAAAAUGUUUUAUAAACUUGGGUUUGAAGAACAAUCAAGAAGUGAAGUGUUUCAAGAAGUUACUUUAUAUAAAGAAAUCUCAACAGAAUGGACUACAUGGUUGAAAGAGCAAUGUGGAUAUAAAAUAGAAAAAUAUGAUUAAAACGAAUAAUUCAAUAUU